UGCCACGUUGUCACAAUCACACAGACAGCAAACUGAGCAACAAGUCAUACAUUGUGUGAGCAGAACCAGCAAGGUGUAGUAUCAUCUGUGAACCUAUGUCUGGACUCAAUGUCACCCUUGGUUACUUUCUCGCUGUUGUGGUGUUUGGUGCAGCCUUUAGGACCCUUUUCAGAAAAUGGCCUCGUUUGAGCGUUGCAGCAGAGUUUCCGGCCUCGUUUGUGCUGGUGGCAUGCUGGCUGGAGGUGCAGACGAUUAAAGAGGUGGGCGAGUGGGCAGGAGGACUGGGUCCAGACGUGACUCUAACCAUACUGUUUUUAGUGCUGCUGACCCAUGGUGUGAUCUGUGCCGGAGCCACUGGAAACCCCUCCCUGACUCUGAUGAAUUUCCUGCUGCUGGAGACCCAUACUCUGCCCACUCUGCUGGCUCUGGCUGCUCAGUUCCUGGGGGCACACCUGGCUCUGCUUGGGGCUGGCUACUACUGGGCCCUGGAGCUUAACGACAUGCACAUGAUCAAGAACCUGAUGUCAAGGGAGUGCAGCACAGCCCUGCGUGUCUCCCUGGUGCAGGGGGUCAUUUCUGAGUGUGUGUGUGCAUUCAUCUUUUAUCUGAUAUACCUCAGCCUGAAACGUCGCUCUGCGCUGAUUCGGGUUCCUCUCGUUGCAGCUGUGCUCACCUUCUUCUCCCAUUCAGCCAGUGAUUAUACCAUGGCUUUCCUGAACCCCUCCCUGGCCUAUGGCCUUACCUUCUACUGUCCCGGGUUCACCUUUACGGAGUACUCAGUGGUCUACUGGCUUGGGCCCAUUUUUGGAAUGACCCUUGCCCUUCUCCUGUACAUGGGCCACAUUCCUAGGAUUUUUACCAAGAACCUGCUGUAUUCCCAGAAAACCCGGUUCCGUCUGCCAAAGGGGGAGGGAGAUAAAAAAAAGUGAAAGAAUAUAAAAAUCAUCCACCUCAGCUGAGGCAAUAACAGACCUAAGAGUACAUUAGGAAUGCAAUGCUCAAUUUUGUUCUUAUUGGUAUGUUUCAUUUUGCACUGAGCACUAUAUUCAACAGCUGAUUCUCUCCUUAGGUUAGACUGACAAAAAGGGAUGGGCUAUAGAAUAAUAAGAUCUGUACAUGUAUGAUACAAUUUCAUAUCUCAUGUACAACAUGUGUUCUUUCAGAAGUAAUAUAUCAAUUGAAAAUAACUAUUUUAAAUAAACAUGUGUAUUAAACAUUUAACAUUG